UUCUCCAAGCAACCCAGCUCAACCCAGCUCCCUACACCAUGGCUGGCUGCUCCACUAGCUUCUGCGGACUUCCCAGCUGCUCCACUGGUGGCAUCUGUGGCUCCAGCUGCCAGGAGCCAAGCUGCAUUGGCACUGGCUAUGGCAUUGGGGGUGGCAUCAGUUUUGGCCAGGAGGGUGGCAGCAGUGCCGUGAGCUGCCGCACCAGGUGGUGCCACCCAGACUGCCAUGUGGAGGGCACCUGCCUGCCCCCAUGCUGCAUGGUGAGCUGCACGCCCCCAACCUGCUGCCAGCUGCACCAUGCCCAGGCCUCCUGCUGCCGCCCAUCCUACUGUGGACAGUCCUGCUGCCGCCCGGCCUGCUGCUGCUACUGCUGUGAGCCCACCUUUUAAGAGGCAGGUUGCUAAUUUUCGAUUACCCACAACACAGUGUCUCUGAAUUGUUCACCUCUUUGACCACCCCCAGACCACUAGCAAGUUCUUAGACCUCUAUUUCAUUUUCUACUAUGGGGGCACCGAGAAUAUGAGCAUCACAGUUCCAUCUGAUUCCCUUCUAUAAUGAAUACCGUGACCACUGUGAACACAGAAAUGCUGUGAAUCCACUGUGUGAUUGUCAAAUGCUUUGGAUGUACUAUUUCUGAUGCUCAAAAAUUGCCAACAUAUUGUAGAAUUCUUUCCAUAAGAAUUGUCCACAACUCUAUUUUUCCUCCUAUUAUCUAUUUAUAUCAGAGAUGCCAGAGUAUAGCCAAAAGACCUUCCUCAAGUCGCCAGAGGGAAUGGAAACUUUUCACUCAACAUGCAGCCUCUAAGAAGUAGGCCGGAUCUUUCUACACUGCAACAGCUGAUCCAGCCCCUGAUUUCAGGAUCAUAACAGUCUUGCCUGUUGGCUAUGUUAAUUUUAUUUGUAGUACUGUGUUUUCUGACGUGUCUCAAU